UCGCAAUGGAAAAUUUAAUUUGGCUUAGACUGGUAUUCGUGGCCCUGUUGGUAACCUUAGCGUUGGCAGGUAAUGGGACGGACUCCCUUAGAUUCAAAAGUAACUCCGGCAGUAGAGGAGUAACCUAUAUGCACGAAAAGAUUCAUCUACUGCAUCGCCAAAAGCGCUGGCUCACCUUUGAACUGGGUUCAGCUAUGACGCUAACGGCAAACUUCGCCAAGGCCGUGCUAGACACCAUUCCCAGAGGAUUAGUUUAUCUGGUUGAGGUCACGAGUCUUUAUGAGUUACCGGCAGCCAUUGAAGAUUGGAUACCGCGACAUGUGGGCAAGCCAAAGGUGAAACCUCCGCCCCCACCUCCACCACCACCUCCACCGCCGCCUCCUCCACCGCCACCUGGACUUGGAUCCCCAGUUGUGACCCAACCACAGCCGGUGAUUGUGCCUCUGAAUCCCGCGGAUCCCAUUCAGUCCUUUUACUUUGCCUAUCCUCAAGGCGUUCCCACCUUGAGCCGUCGCAAGUCCUAUUCGCAGCAGAUGCAGAUGGGCUGUCCCGCCUCGCACCUGGUUAAGGAUAUGUUCGGGACCUACUACUGCCGACCCUCGGCCAUGUCCCGCAGGCUGAGACGCGAGUUGGAGAGCCGGGGAACCACGGUGAUCAGCGAGGCGCAGAGUCCGCACGGCAUGCUGUUCGACAUAUUGGCCAUCAUGUCAACCAUGUUUAAUUACCAGCCCGGCUACUGCAUCAUGCGGACUCUGUGCGAGGCGCGUCAUCUGCUGGCUCCGCCGGGCUUAACGCUCUUCCACGAUAUCUUCCGCAUCAUGCUGCGCUACGUGCAUCCGGAGAUAGCCCAUAAUCCCAAGUAUCGGGAGGCCUUCACCGCCGGCCACUCGCUCCACGAAUGCGCCAGUUUGUACGGACCGCAUUGCCGGCAGAGUUUUUUGCUGCUCAUCAGCGAACGGUUCCUGGAGAAAAACGCGCCUUGAUUAAAUAAAAACGAAAUACGGAAUACAUGUCAAUGAAUUUAUCAAACUGCGCCGACCAGCAGGGCGCCAGUAAACUCCUACAAAGUUAAUCGAUUGUGAUGAAAGUUCAAUUUAAUUGUAAUAAACGGAACGAUAAAAUUUAUGAACAUUCCUUCAAAUUAAAUUCCGGGCGGAAUGCAUUUGAAAUAUUUUAACUGAAAUAGUUAA